AGGCGUUUCUCCCGGCUCACCUGGCCUUAGUAUGCGCUCAGAUCAUCCCGUGUGUUCACCAGCAUCCUGGGCUGACAAGGCGGACUCCACGGCCCCCAUAUGGGAACCUACUAAAGGUGACACCAGGUUUUAGCUGCUGCUGCUCUUGUCCUGCCUGAGCAUCCGUUCCCCAGCUUUUCUUCCCCAGUCCGUCCCCUGAAGUGAUUCCCCAGCAUGAGUUCCUCUCCGCUCGUGUCUCGAGCCAACAUGGACAUCCUGGACGAGCUGCAGCUGAUUGCGGCCCAGAAUCUGGAGAGGCUGGAGGUCAACAAGUACUACGAAGUGAUCAGGGAGCUGGGCAAAGGCACCUACGGCAAGGUGGACCUGGUCAUCCACAAGAUCAGAGGUACAAAAAUGGCACUGAAGUUCUUGAAGAAGAAGACUACCAAGCUGAAGUCGUUCCUGCGGGAGUACAGCAUCUCACUCUACCUGUCUCCCUGCCCUUUUAUCAUCAACAUGUUCGGCAUCGCCUUCGAGACAGACGAAUACUAUGUGUUUGCACAGGAGUACGCUCUGGCAGGGGACCUCUUCGAUAUUAUUCCUCCACAGGUUGGUCUUCCAGAGGCAGUGGCAAAGCGCUGUGUGCACCAAGUAGCCAUCGCCCUGGACUACCUGCAUUGCAAGAAGCUGGUCCACAGGGACAUCAAGCCCGAAAACAUCCUCAUUUUUGACCGAGAGUGCCGCAAGGUCAAGCUGUCCGACUUCGGCAUGACCCGCAGAGCUGGCUCGCCUGUGAAAAGAGUGAGUGGCACCAUCCCCUACACGGCCCCGGAGCUCUGCGACGUGUCCCGCCACGAGGGUUUCUGCGUGGACUACAGCACUGAUGUCUGGGCCUUCGGUGUGCUGCUCUUCUGUAUGCUGACCGGCAACUUCCCCUGGGAGAAGGCGCUACCCUCCGACUCCUUCUACCAAGAGUUCAUCCGCUGGCAGAGGAGGAGGACGAACACGGUGCCGUCCCAGUGGAGGCGCUUCACUGAGCAGGCCCUGCGCAUGUUCCGCCGGUUGCUCUCCGUGGAACAGGACCGCCGUUGCUCCGUCAAAGAGGUCUUCGGGUACUUCAGCCACUCCUGGAUGCUGGAUGCGGAGAACAACAACAACAACGGCAACAGCGGAAAUGGCGGAGAGAGGGUUGGCGGCGGAGGGGGUGGAGGAGGGGGGCGGGGAGAGGUGGACGGCACUAUCUCGUCAUCUUCAUCCGGGGAGGAGGACGAGGAGGUCCUCGUGGAGAGGAUGAAGCAGCAGACUUUAUCUCCUCUCUCCCCGCUGUCACCGCUCUCUCCCAUGUCUCCGGUGGCGGUGGAGAGGGGGAACGGCGGCGGGGCUAAGGGCGGGAUGAUGGAACCGGGCGGUGGGCACCAUUUCGUGUCCGUCUCCACCAACAGCUCCGUGUCGUCCACCAACAGUUACGACCGAAUGCCGCGAGAAAACAGUUCGCCGGGUGGCCGCAUGCUGGUGGCUACGCCCAUUGAAAUCUGCGUCUGAGUGCGCCAGAACGUUGAUGUUGUCACAAACUCACAAAGCGGUACACACUUUUAUACCUCUCAUCCGACCACGUAGAUGUGCAUGCAUGG